CCUAGGACAAAACUGCGAGUGAUCGACAUGUGCGCUGCGACGUGCGACUUAACAUACAUACACACGCACACGCCGAAUCCCCCGCCUCUAAAAACCCGAGAUAGGGCGGAUUCUCUAGAGUCGCGCUCCAUCUCUCGUUAUGUGUGUGUGUGUGUCUCUCUCUCUCUUUCUCAGAGUUCAGCGGGAGCACGAAGGUAUCGUAAAGAAACGAGUAAUUUCCCCUUCGUCGCGCCACCCGUAUCCCCGGCCGAUCUUCCGGGACCUCGGUGAUUCGAGAUCUCGCGGGUAACGAACGCGGAUCGCAUCCCCCGACGUGCGUGCGUGCUCUCUCGUGCUGGUUCUCUCUCGCUCUUUUCGCGUCUUCCACGGGGGGUUGAAACCGCUACGGAGCCUCGCGGAUAUCCUCCCCGACGCUGCGAUCGUACGAGAUAUUCUUGCUGAUGUUGUGCCGUCGGUUUCUAAUCGCCGCCUUCGCGGGUACCGCGGGACUCGAGUGUGCCUUACAACGUUGAGUAUCUCCGAGCGAUUUUUUCAUUAGUAAUUACCUCCGUACUUGACACCGUUCUCGGAAUAGAAGCACGUGAGUAGCGUGACUGCGUAUAAUCGAGUCGAUGCCAUUGGAGGAGAUCAUUCUCAUUCCGGCGCAGCACAAAAGUCGCUUCACCAAGCGUUGUCAUCGGUGGCGCGCCGUUGUAGCAGAGAAUCCUUGGAUACCUUCGCAGGUCGUGUGAGAACACUCAUAUCGCGCACAAAUGGCAAAAGACUUACGGGAAGGACUGCUGUUGGGCAUGGGGAAUCCCCUGCUCGAUAUUUCAGCAACUGUAGAUCAUGAAUUUUUAAAGAAAUAUGAUCUGAAGUCCAACAAUGCUAUUCUGGCUGAGGACAAGCACAAACCUCUGUACGAGGAACUAAUUGAACUGUACAAAGCUGACUUCAUUGCAGGUGGAUCCGUACAGAAUACUAUGAGAGUAGCACAAUGGCUCCUGCAGAAACCAAAUGUUGCCACUUACAUGGGCUGUGUCGGCAGGGACAAGUAUUCUAAGAUUUUAGAGGACAAAGCAAACGUGGCGGGCUUGAACGUUCGGUAUCAGUACGUGGACGAGGAACCAACCGGAACGUGCGCCGUUCUUAUUACGGGGAAAGAACGCUCUCUGUGCGCUAAUUUGGCAGCAGCGAAUUGCUUCUCACAUUCGCACAUCGAAAAACCGGAGAACAAGCGUCUGAUAGACGCCGCGAGGUACAUUUAUAUAUCGGGUUUCUUCUUGACGGUCAGUCCAGACUCCAUACAAACGGUGGCGAAACAUGCGCACGAGCACGACAAAAUGUUCAUGAUGAAUCUUAGCGCUCCGUUUCUGUGCGAGUACUUCCAAAAACCGAUGUUAGCCGCCCUCCCUUACGUGGACAUACUAUUUGGCAACGAAACGGAGGCGGACACGUUCGCGAGGGUGAACGGCCUCGCGACGACGGACAGGAAGCAGGUCGCGCUCAAGAUCUCGCAGAUAGAGAAAAUCAAUGGCAAGAGGAAACGAAUAGUCGUCAUAACGCAAGGCUGCGAGGCGGUGCUCGUAGCCGAAGAUGGCACGGUGACGGAAUAUCCCGUUAUAAAACUGCCAGAAGAGAAGGUCGUGGAUACCAAUGGUGCUGGCGACGCUUUUGUUGGUGGCUUCCUCGCACAACUCGUACAGAGUAAAAGUAUGGAGACCUGCAUAAAGUGCGGCAUUUGGGCGGCCACGGAGAUCGUGCAGAUGUCCGGGUGUACUUACGAGGGAAAGCCGAAUUUCCAGUUUUGAUCGACGUCAAUUCACUAGCAAUAAUGUGUACUUAAUAAAAGGCUUAAUCUUUUUUUUUUUUACCUCGAUCUUUUCGACCUUUUUGUAUCAAGUCUGUGUAUUUCACAGGAGCAACUGUAGGCAUAGAAAUACAUAGAGCUAUAUUUUCUCUUAA